AUGUGCAGCGAAUGAGGAACUAGGCUCUUCAAUGGGUCGCACCCUGAUGCAGCGACAGUGUCAUUCCUGGCUAUUAUGGAACACCGUUGUGACUAGUGACAGCGAUGACCAAACACUUGUGUCAGAUGACGGUACCUUCCCUGCAAAAUCAAUCAGGAGGACUACGUCGUACGAGAUGUACUUAGAGGUGGGCAAUGCAGUCAAUUCAUGUGGUGCAGUGGAACGGACGGGAGCUAGGAAUGAAACGGACGAGCGAGGAAUAGAGGGGUCGUUGGCGGGAUUGGGUGCAGUGGAGGUGACCAUUCUCCUCUCUGCGCUUUCACUUCGCCUCUUGCUCACGGUCUCUGUGAGGCGAUCUCACCCGCUACUGUAAAUCAUCACAAUUUCCGAGGGACAUCACAAGCUGUGCUGGGUAGUACUUGCACUGAGCUGCAACGAUCUGUGGUAAUUGAAACGAAGAAUGGCUGGGUUGUUUUUUGACUGGUCUCAGAGCGAGAUUUAACCCUGCGUUGUCUUGAGUUUCUCUGAAUUCUGUUCACUUCGAAAGGCGACUAGAUUCGGUUUCUCUGUUCGGGGAUUUCCGGGGAGUUGUCUUGUAGUGUGAAGUUUCCCGAAGGGGCGCCGUAGCGACCUUGUUGCAGUAGAGAUCCGAGGCGAGUUUUCUGAACCAACCCAGCGAUUAUCUAGUUCCUGCGGAACCUCGUGAGGCUCGGCCAUUUACGUGUUGUUGUGGCAGAAUGGAUAGGAGCAAGAUUUUCUACAGUUGGCAAGUCGGAAUGCAUUGCCUGAACUACCUCGCAACCUGCGACCUCUUUCACAAGUAAAACUAUCCCACGGGACUCAGGCUAUGAUGCUUGAUGUAGGAUUAAGACGAUCGAAGCAGACGGAGCGGCCACUGUUAUAUCACACUAAGGAAUCAAAUGGAAAGAUCAAUGUCUGGUGAGUUCACGAGAGGAUCAAUUCCGGGGCCGAUGUUAGAGGUGACUGUCUUGGCAGCCGAAGAUCUCAAGAACGUGAACAUUUGCAGGAGAAUGAGCGUAUACGCUGUGGCAUGGGUGACGGCUGAUUACAAAGGAACCACCUCUGUGCGUCGCAGAGCAGGUCGGAACCCUGUUUGGAACGAUACCCUGUUCUUUCCGGUGAAUGAUGACAUUCUUCUCCACCCACAUUCCGCUCUCACAGUUCAGGUGUACAGUACCGGAACUGUGACCCCGAGUCUGGUUGGAAUCACUCACCUGGCUUUGACCGACAUUGCAAGAAUGAAGGCCACAAAAACGAACUCAGAGGAAGGUGAUAUUGUCUUUUUGCCACUACACAGACCCUCCGGCCGAACCCAAGGGAUUAUCAGCCUUUGUGUCAACCUAAUGGGAGCUACUAUCCAGCAGAUGAUGUAUGCCCUUGACAAGGGUCAAGAUGGUUGGGCGAUUGAGAUGCCAACCAUCUUCUCAGGUGCCCCAGACGUGGUUGCAGUCAUGGGGUACCCGGCAGUCCAACCUUAUAGAAUUCCGGCCCCUAAUUUUUAUCCGUCGUAUACCAGCUGUGCUGAGCCAAGUACAGAGGGUGAUGCAGUCAUGCCAACUCCUGCAAGGCUGCCUCCACGGGUACCUUACCCAUCUCCUUACUUCUCCAACAAUGCCAGCGAGGACCCUCUCUUAUCGCGUAAUCAGUACGUACAGGUAUAAUGUUAAGGAGAACUUGUAUUAGGCACUGCAAUUUUUGAGUAGUCUGUCUGGUUGAAUGUGGCCACCUUCAUUUGUAGAUGAAGCUACAUUCUUUUUCUCCAAUAAGACGCCAAAGCAAGAGAUAAUGAGUAGAUCUUAGGUGUACAAAAUAUAAUUAGGAGUGGGUGGAUGAGGCAGGAUUAUGUCUGAUUUGCUUCGGAUUAGUUUCAUUUUGAUUCUGGAUAUCAAAGCUCCUCUGGGUGUCAAUUUCGACCUGAUUGUGUAUCUAAUGCGAAUAUGUCUUUAAUUUCUUUUGCAA